AUCGUUUUCUUGUCAAUAUUAUUAUUGUCAAUUAGAAUUAAAAAAUCUUAUCUUUUUAAAGCAACGACUAACUAAAUCUCAAUUACAAUGACCGAUUGUUAUAAUAUAAAUUAUCGAACUAAAAACCCUUUACCGCGACUAAUAAAAAAGAAACCCAAAAAGGUGUCGAGAACCUUAAAGAUAGAUCAACGAAAUUAUAUCGCUCCAUUCGAAGUUGUUGUCCAUAAUAGUGUGAGCGAUUGCUGGGUUUCGUUUCUUGGAAAAGUUUACAACAUAACACCUUUAUUAAGGGAAUAUGCCGGUGAAGAUUGUAUAAGACCAUUGGUUGCUUUCGCCGGAAAAGAUAUCAACGACUGGUUUGAUGAGUCAACCGGUGAUAUUCAACAUUAUAUACACCCAAUUACUGGAGCUAGAGUACCUCAUUGCCCAUAUGGAAGGAUUCCUCACGUUCAAAUUCAAGUACCAUCAACGGAGUGGCGACCUUUAGAUGGUUUACCAUGGUGGAAAGAUGACGCUAAAUAUCUGGUUGGUCGUUUAACAAAAAAAGUUCGUCCUGUAAGAAUCACAAAUAUGUGUAUUUGUCAAGAAGCCAUUAUAAAUGUAUGUUGUGAGGAUACUAUUAGCAGAAUUAUGGAACGAUAUAGAAUAUUUAAUAGUGAACCAGAAAGCUAUAUUUGCAGAGCUCUUAAUAAAAAUUUAGUGAUGAAUAAAACUCUCGAAGAAAAUGGAAUAAUCGACGAAAGAGAAGAAUAUUAUCGAUUAGGAUUACCACAAAGUUUAUACAUACCGGUCAUUUUUAUGUACUACAGUGAUGAUUUUAAGCAUGUAGAAGAAUAAAAUAUUUAUGGAUAUUUGAAAUUAACAAAAUGCAUUCAAAUAAAAAGCAUUUAUUAAAGU